AGCUGACAGUUGAAUGAGAACAGAGAGAAAGUCACCGUCCUCGAUAUGAGACAAUCUCACCGUCCUCUGUUCUGUCACCACUUCUGAGUAGGGCUCAGACCCAUUUGGAGAACUUUCUUACCUCUGUCCAAAUUCACAGGUACUACAUGGGGCAUAAGUAACACACAAACAGAGAAGAGAAACCUUUCUAGUUUGUGUCUGCGGAAGGAGGCCCACUGAAGACUCAUCCAGAACCAAGAGUGGCAGAAAGAAGGCUGUGUGAUAAAAAAAAGAAGAGAGAACACAUUUGGGAUACAAAUUUAAUAUGUGCCUAGAGGCAUUAGUAUAUAUUUUGAGGAAGAAUGCAGAAGUGCCAGAUGAACUAUUACUAUAUGGACAGACAACUGCAUUGACAAACUGAGAGGGUGUCAGUGUGGUAGAAAAGCCUGAAAGUGGCCCAGGACCAUGGAAGCAUCAGUGCUGAGCCCCACAUCCUGGGAGAAACGAAGGGCAUGGUUACAACAAAGUCGUAACUGGCAAACCCAGGUCCUGGAAGAGGAGGCUGCAGCUGCCCUGCAGGAUGCACUGGAUCCCGAGCCUUCCAGCCUGGAUGAUGUUUUCCAGGAAGGAAAUCCAAUCAAUAAGAUUGAGGACUGGCUGCAGGGCUGUGGAGACACUGAGGAAGGACUUUCUGAAGAAACAGGGCAAUCCAACUGCAGUGGGUACUCUAGCCAUGGGACUAGCUUUGAAGACGACUUGAGUCUUGGAGCGGAGGCCACACUACUGGCCACCAAUGGAAACCUCUUCUCCAGGAAACUCCUCCAGACACCCAGGCCUUGUCAGUUACUUGACCUUGGCUGUAGUUUGGCUUCCAGCAGCAUGACUGGUGGAACCAACAAAACCAGUUCAAGCAUCUCAGAGAUUUUGGAUCAGGUACAAGAAGAUGCAGAAGAUGUCCUCUUCAGCCUGGGCUUUGGCCAUGAGGACCACAAAGAUACAUCUCGUAUCCCUGCAAGAUUUUUCACCAACCCCUCUAAGGCCAAGGGCAUUGACUUUCAGCUCUUUCUGAAAUCUCAGAUGGAAAGGAUUGAGAUGGAGGAUCCCUGCCUGAUGCUGGCCAGCCGGUUUAAGCAGGUGCAAACGCUGGCCGUCACUGCGGAUGCCUUCUUCUGUCUCUACUCCUAUGUAUCUAAGACACCCGUCCAAAAGUUCACACCACCCAACAUGUUCUGGCCUUGUGACCCAACUGAUAUGCCAUCCAUCAGGAUUCUGGAUACAGAGCCUGAACCCCACUCACCCAGAGAACGUCUGCGGAAAGCCAUCUCUAAAAUGUGCCUGUAUACAGGUUCCCGAGAUCGACUGUCAACAUUUCACAACAACCCCAAAAGGAACAGUUUGGACCAAGUUGUGUGGGAAGUGAUGGACAGAGUGAAAGGAGAGAAGCUGGGUCUCCAGCAAGGCUCUGGGAAUGGACAAGUCCCUCAGGAAGAGUCUGUGCCUCCAGUACAAAAUACAAGGCUGUCCACGUCUUCUUUUUCAUGUGUUUUCUGCCCUAAAGAAGAAACACGGGGAGACAAGGGCUGUGCUCAUGCUCUGGACAGAGCAGGUCCACAAUGCAGUACAGACUCUGUACAAGCAAGAGAGCUGUGGGGUCUACAGGCCACUAAUGAGAAGCCCUAUUCAGCUGAGAAUGACGGUUCAUGGGAAAGGAAAAGCAAAGUGAGAAAGAGCCUGUUCCAAAGUCCUCCCUCAGACAAGGAGAUUAAAUCACUGGACUUGUCCAUCAUCCAGAAGAAGGAAAAGCAGAGACAAGCCAGACAUGAGCUACACCAGUCUCUAACUCAGCAGCUUGGGAGUGCUUCUGACUUAGAACAGGUACAAAACAACAGUGAAGAAGAGGAGGAGUGUCACUUGUCCAGCAGAGCCGGGCACCCCUACUUCUACCACACUUCCCUUGGAGAAGACUCUGGAAGUUUUCUCGACCGCCAACACAGCAUGAUCUGACAACAGUGGCUUCACAGAAGAGUCAAACUACCACCUCAUCCUGCAGUUAAGUUGCACCAUCCUCAGCAACCAGAUCCUGAUCUUCCCCAAGCCUCUUACAUCAUGGGAGAAGCAGCAUGGAACACUAGGAUGAAGACCAGACUGAGAGAAUUAGACAGUACAUCCUGAUGCUCGUGUAAUUGUAUGCAGAGAAAGACUUCCAAGUAACAUUAUUUCUGUAUGGGCUGUUUUUUCUCCUUGGUGGAUGCUACUCACAUGAUAUGGAUAUGGGCAAGCUGAACAAAGACUUGCUUCUCUAAGCUUUGACACUGACAAAGAUAGAAGACAUAUGAGUGGUCAUCUUCAGGAGCAGAGGUUAUACCUUAAUGCUGUUAAAAGGCCAAAGCUACAAGAAAGAGAGACUCUAACUUCAUUUUAAAGACUUUAUGUGCUUUCCUCUGGACCUCGGCUCAUCCUUAAGUAUUAAUUAAAUUCCUGCUGAUCUUCCACAA